GGAACAAGUUCGAUUUAAUGGCUUUGGAAUUUUUCUCUUCAUUAUUUAUCCUGGAGCAUUUGUUGAUCUGUUCACUACCCAUUUGCAACUUAUAUCACCAGUCCAGCAGCUAAGGAUAUUUUGUGCAGCCAUUGCCCACCUGCUUGCUACCCAGUACUGCUACGUGGGUCUCCGCCAUGGCCUCAGAGGAAAUUGUAUUUAUCACCACCAAAGAAAAUGCAGAAAUUCCUGCCGAUUUUGUGGAGCCUCCGCCACUGAAUGUAGAGACAGUUUCUAUGGAAACCAGCGCAACCCAAACCGUUGAAAUGUUUGAAGAUGUAGGUGUCGAUUGGGCGCAUGGUGACCACUACCGCUCCCCUCUUAUUACUGUGCAGCCCCUUGGGAGCAGCAACCUGAGGAAUGAGGAACAUAAUCAGGAAAUGUUCUUCCUGCAGACACGAGAGGAGGUGAUGGGCAUCCAGGACAUAGACAACCUACUAAAUUCUGAAUUUGAAAGCCAGAUGGUUGUGCCAUUUAUUCAAGAUGAUUUUUUCCAGCCGACUACUACCCCGUUGCCUAGCUUCAUGGAGGCCGAGCAUGAUCAAGGUGAGCUCCUCCCCUGUGAAAGGAAUCUCUGUGAUCUGACGACCAUUAUGGAGGCCAGCGCAGAAGAAGGUGUAAACCCCGACCUAAGUGACAAAUUGUGGCUGCAGAAGCAGGUACAAAUUGAAGCUCUUGAGGGAGAAUUACCCUUCACCUUGUGGGAGGCUAAUGAAGAAAAAGAAGAUACCGUGGCCAAAGUGCAGGCUGCUGACUCACCACCUGAUUAUUCUGAGUAUAUGAUGGGAAAGAAAUUUCCUCCUGAAGGAAUACCUGGCAUUGACCUGUCUGAUCCGAAACAACUGGCAGAAUUUACCAGCAUGAAACCCAAAAAACCCAAAGGAGACUUCCCAAGACCUAUAGCUUGCUCUCAUAAAGGAUGUGAGAAGAUGUUCAAGGAUAACUCUUCUAUGAGAAAGCACUUGCACAUUCAUGGGCCUAGAGUGCACGUCUGUACAGAAUGUGGCAAAGCUUUCGUUGAGAGUUCAAAGCUGAAACGUCAUCAGCUGGUUCACACUGGAGAGAAGCCCUACCAAUGCACCUUUGAAGGCUGUGGGAGGCGCUUUUCCCUCGAUUUUAAUUUGCGCACACACGUGCGAAUCCAUACUGGAGACAAGCCCUUUGUGUGCCCAUUUGAUGCUUGUAACAAGAAGUUUGCUCAGUCGACAAAUCUGAAAUCGCAUAUCUUAACACACGUUAAGAACAAGAAUGACUAG